UUUUACUGCCCUGCGUUUCGGUGUAGCUCGCCCACACUCUCGCAUUUUUACGCGUAAAUGCAAUCGUCACAUCCGCUGUGUGUGUGUGUACGUGCGGCGGCCAUAUUGGACUUCCGCUCUUCAAGGGUAUCUGAAGACACCAGGCGAGACAAACAUGUACCGGUUCACUAAAGCUGCGGUCAACGCUACCGGUCAGGCGGUGCGACAGGUGAGACAUGGAUCCACCGUCCGCCAGGACUUCCACUCCAAGUACGGCAAUGGCCUGAUGCUCGGUGGAGCUGUCUUCUGCACGACUGUGUGGUCAUAUGUGCUGACUCAGACUGGCAUCACCUGGAAUCUGUCACCAGUCGGAAAGGUCAUGCCCAAAGAAUGGAGAGAGGCUGAGGAAUAACGAGCCACUGAUUUUUGUGUCACCUAAUAAACCCUCUGGUUGUACAGAUGAAUAAUUAAUAUCUGUGUUCAGACAGUGAAUGCCUGCUGUGCUUAUUCCAACAUGUUACUAUGUUCAAAUAAAUUAAAUGUGAUUAUACUGAC